AUGCUAAGUCUUCUUCUCCUUAUGACCGUACGAGCCGCCCCCGAAGAAGAAGUGCCAGCUAUCGAAGUUGCAGACGCCGAACCUCAUCUAGCUGAACCUCAUCUAGUUGAACCUCAUCUAGUUGAACCUCACCUAGUUGAACCUCACCUAGUUGAACCUGUUGAACCUCACCCGGUUGACCCUCACUCGGUUGAACCCCGAGAUGACGUCGCCAUGGCCGGCACCGACCCGCUCGGAAACGCAAACGAAGACACGCACGCAUACCCGAAUCCAAACGGAAGCGUAUCCUUCAGCGCACAGCCCGCGGUAGAGGCCAAGGCGACAGCCCUGGGUGCCGCGCCACUGGCGGUGCAAUUCGACUCGGACGGUCUGGUGGAGGUGGCCUACAUGCACGCCGGUAUGACCUUCCAGUCGCUGCCGGGUUUACACCUGGGCUUAUGUCAAGCCUCAUCCCUUAACAUGCUCCACUGCUACGGCCUCCUGCUUCGUGACCGCGUCAAUCUCGCACUGGACCCUGAACUGGCCUUUAUCGUGGAUCAUGUCGACCGCGUGGCCGCCCAGCAACUCGCACCCGAGGGUUAUUCUUCUGGGGGUGGACCCGUGGGUGGUCCUCCCGGAGCGGCAAAAAGUCCGCGAGGGUUACCGGAGUACAUUGCGUAUGAAGUAACCACUGGACGGCUGUGUGUUAAUCCAGCCGUAUUUGGACACGUCGAUCCCAAUGUGCGGGAUGUCGAGGGGUACUCAUUGUUGGAGAGGGCGGCGAUGCGUGGCGACUUGUCGCUUUCUCGUCUCUUGGUCGCCUCGGGCGCGGUUUUGGGUGAGGCGUUACCGAACGCGGUUUAUUCCCAAGAUUUCCGCACCGUGCUCUGGCUGUUAGAUGCCUACGCACGGCGAGCGUUGUUGGAUCGCACAUUGCUGCUGCGUUGUUUCAAGGCCGCGAUCAAAGCGCUUGCGUGGCAUUGCGUGCCUGAGUUACUCUCCCGUUGCGAAUUGAGCACUCACGAAUUUGAGACUCUCGCUGACUACGCCGACGACUUGGGCGUCAGCAGCGAGUGGGUCAUGCUCGUUGACCGCAGCAUCGAUGCAGAGACGGAUGUAGAAGGUGAAGGAGUAGGAGCACACAUUGAUGGGGAUUCACACACAGAUGGGGAAGCACACGCAGAUGCAGCUGCGCACACGGAAGAACACCAGCACCAUCGCCUCAGCGACGAAGGCCGUCUUGCCUGCGGCAUUUUCACCCAUCGGGGCUGUCUGGAACACUUGGCGAUGGAGCCUUGUGACUUUCCCACCAUGUUCAAACUGACAACGGAGAACGUGGAGAACCCACACCGACUAGAGGUUCUGCUGCACCCUAGUCAAGGCAUCUUGCGGCUACCCAAGUUCCGUUCGAGUUACUUUCACUGGGCGAUGGAAGAGGAGACACUCGCAUGUUGGGCAGAUAUCGCGCGUGUCCAUGACCACACCUACAUCGAAUGGCUGCGUUCCAUCUGUCUUGGCGCGCCUGCGUUCCUCCGCGAAACAGAGACCGGACUGGGUCUCGAAACCGCCGACCCAGAAACUAAGCUCGACGCCGACACCAAGGUAACUCAGGGAAGCUUUGCAGCCGCUCUCGCCGCUGCACAGUGCGUUAUCAGCGCCGUCAAGGCCGUCUGUAGCGGCCAACACCGCAACGCCUUUUGUGCCAUACGUCCACCCGGACAUCAUGUCGGUACUUUCGGCGCCUGCCAAGACGCCUCUGGCCAACCCAUCGACAAAUCCAUCGGCAGCCAAGGCUUCUGCCUCUUCAACAAUGUCGCCAUCGGUGCCGCGUGGGCUCGGUACAAUUUGCAUGAAAAGGGUAUUCGACGGAUAGCGAUUGUUGAUUUUGACGUGCAUCACGGUAACGGGACUGAGUGUAUAGUCCGCAACUUGGCUCCUCGGGAGAGGGUGCUGAGUUCAGAAAUAAGUUGCGGCAUGAGCGUGGAGUUCCGGGUGCCGAUGAACUUUGCCUGGCGCGACCCCGCUUCGGAUAACGAGGACGUAAUGUUUCUUUCCAUCCAUGGUUACGACGGGAAGUUUUACCCGGGCAUGGGUGGUGAGGCUGUGGUCGGAGAGGCUGUGGCCGGAGAGGCUGUGGCCGGAGAGGCUGUGGCCGGAGGGGGUCAGGUGUAUAACGUACCAGUGACAUCGGGUACGACGAGUGGGGAGUACAAACGACUAUUCGAUACUCGUGUGAUUGCACCGUUGAUUGAGUUCCGUCCUGAUUUGAUAUUAGUCAGCGCCGGGUUCGACGCACAUGUGCUGGACCCGGUCGGAACGGGGCAGUAUGGGCAGUUAACGGAACACGACUUUCGCUACAUGACCGAAAGACUGCAGAGCGCUGCCAACUACUGUUGCGAGGGCCGCCUCGUCAGCGUUCUAGAAGGAGGCUACAACACACAACUUGGUAUGAACAGCCCCUUCGCGCGCUCCGUUGCUGUCCAUCUCGAAGCUCUCGGCUCCACCUUCGGCAACCCCAGACAGCCCGCCGACCAGCCACGGCCCGGAGGAGAAGACGACGACUCCCGAGAUCUUGACGACUCUCGAGAUCUCGACGACUCCAGGGAUACCGACCCCAGGGAUGAUGACGUUAGACACGAUGACGACCAUCCACGAAAUAACGACCGAGAAGGAGGCCACGUUGAGAACCACAUCGGGGAUCACCUCGGGGACCACCUCCAGGACCAUUUCGGGGAAGACCCUGGGGACCACUCCAGAGACGACCUAAGGUACGACCCCAGGGACGACUUGCGGGACGAAUUGAGGGAGGGGUUGAGGGACGACUUGGGGGACACCGACGUGCGGAUAAAUGACUUGCGGACAAGUGACUUACGGGCCAAUGAUUCGCCCAGUGACUCACGGGCGGGAGCGCCUGGGGGCACGCACGGCGACCGGCGUGAAGGUGAUGCUGCUCACCGGGGGGCUGACCGCCGUUUGUCAACGGCUAGUCGGGACGACCUGAUGCAGCCGGCCGAGCGGCCAUCGCGACCGGAGUCGUUGAUGGCAACCGAGGAGCGUCACGGGCAGCCAAUGCAGGGAACCUCUUCGUCCGUAGUGACGGAUCCUUCCGACCUGAUCGAACCCGAAGAACAGAAUAGCGUUGUAAUUGUGGCAGAGGACGAGUCCGUCAGAGAGGAGGACACACCCAUGAUGGCAGAGCGGUGA